GGCCGACCCGGCGGCCGCAGAGGCUCCUGGGACGGCAAUGGCCGCGCCGGAGCCGGGACGGUGCGCCUACUUCGUGGAGAGGAAGAAGCGGUUCUGCAGGAUGGUGCCGGCUUCCGGGCGCCGCUUCUGCGGGGAGCACGGGCAGCAGGAGAAAGAAAAUGAUAGAAAAAGGAUCCCGUGCCCUCUUGAUCCAAAACACACUGUAUACGAAGACCAACUACAAAAGCAUUUAAAAAAGUGUAAUUCAAGAGAGAAGCCAAAGCCAGUCUACUUUGUUCAAGAUAUUAAUGCAGGUUUAAAAGAUGUAGCAGAAAUACCAGAAAUACAAAUACCUAUCUCUUCUCUAUCUAAAGAAGAACUGGGGGCCUUAAUUACCAAGUUGAAAAAAGCAAGUAAUGGCUUGGAACUUCACCUUAAAGAACAAAUACUGACCCAUCAGUCUUUACAAGAAGCCCUAAAUGACCCAAAGAAUGGAGAAUCUGCUUUCAAACACUUGAAACAACAGGCUUCUAUUUUAGGUAACAUGGAAAAAUUACAUUUGCUUGGUCCAGGAAGAUGUUUUGUUGAGUUUGGAGCUGGGCGAGGAAAGCUGUCUCAUUGGGUGGACAUUGCCUUGCAAAAUGCUGAAAACGUUCAGUUUUUGCUUGUGGAAAGAGCAACUACAAGAUUCAAGGUGGAUGGAAAACAUAAAAGGAGAGAUUCCAUAUUUGAAAGGCUUCAAGUUGACAUUCAACACUUAUGCUUAAAUAAGGUACCUAUUUUAGAGGAAAAAAAACUACCUGUGGUAGGAAUUGGGAAGCAUUUGUGUGGUGCUGCCACAGAUCUUGCUUUGAGAUGUUUGGUUGAAAGUUACACAACUUGCUGUGAUGGAGAAAAUGAAGAGCCUGAACCAAAACGCUCUAAGAGCGAUAAGAUAGAGGUGGUUUCCAGCAGUUCUAUUGAUAAAGAAAGGAACAAAAAGGAUACAUUAGAAAACUCUCCUAAGCCUGUAGCUGGAAUCGUUAUUGCAUUAUGUUGCCAUCACAGGUGUGACUGGACACAUUAUGUAGGCAGAGAGUUCUUUAAAUCAGUAGGACUUGGUCCAGUAGAAUUUCAUUAUUACCAGAGAAUGAGCAGCUGGGCCACUUGUGGCAUGCAAGAAAGCAUAACCAAAGCCUCUAAGAAUGAAGAGAGUGAAGAUCAAACUCACAACACAGAAGAGCAUGACCAAGCAUACAGUAAAACAGAGGGCAGUUCUGAUACUCUGCAACGGCUACUUACUGUUGAAGAGCGAAAGGAGAUAGGUUGCCUCUGUAAACUGUUGAUUGACCAUGGACGGAUUGAAUAUUUACAACAAAGAGGAUAUAAGGCUGCAUUACAGCAUUAUACAGAGCCUGCUGUGUCCUUGGAGAAUGUACUAUUGACAGCUGUCCCAAUGCAGUAGAGCCAGCUACGUGAUAGGAAGUAGAUUUGGAAUUGGUAGAAAACAAAUUACAAAGUUUACUGGAUUAUUAAAAACAUACUCACACAUUCAGUGCUUACAGGAAACCCGAUCAAGUCUUUCCUGAAGCCAGGAAAAGGUGUUAAAUUUCCCAGUUUCACUGGGAAUUGCAACUUUGCAACCCAGUUCUCAUCAAUGGGAAAAUACUUGAAUACUUGAAAUUUCUUGUAGAACCCGUUGUUAGGAAGAAGUGUAUUUGAUACUUUCUUCCAAUUCAUGGUUACAUUCUUUAUUCAAUAGCAUUUGUGGUAGAAGAAGGAUCAACAGUGCAACUUUCCAGAUUUUCUGAAAAACAAAUGGGUUAAAAAUAAAGAGGAGUUAAAAUAUUUAUUUUGCUUCCAAUUUGAAGUUCAGGAAAGCUAUGUAUUUCCUCUUUAAAUUAUUUAAAUGUGCCUAGAUACUUAUUGCAUAAGCUCAUGCUACUAAGGAAAUCUGUUAAGGAAGAAAACUUAUUAGAAACUGGCAGUCAUCUUGACAAGGGAUGCUAAUUUUAUGCUAAUAAAAAUGUUUUUAAAUAAUAAAUUUGCUAAUUUUAACUUACAUUUAUGAAAUAUUGUUAAAGACAAACUGUUUUAGAUAGAGUUCUAAAAUCAAAAGCAUUUUAGUCAUUCAUUUUUUAAACCAUGAUGUAGAGAGCGAAGAUGAUAGAAAAAACUUUCUAUCUUCAGCAAGUGAAGUUCUCUGCAAGUAACAAAGCUGCCACUUGCAUAUCUGUUCCAAAGUGCUCAUUUUCAUCUGUUACUGCAACCUUUGAACAUGGAAAGAAGUUUAAUGUAGCUGUUAUCUUGGGGAUUACUAGAAGCAUUGUUUUUGUCAUAGCGAUUUGGAAGUGGUUUUUUGUUUGUUUGUUUUUAAUUGACUGAAUUUUCUGUCAGAGACAGACCUAAAAUGACCUGCUUUGCCAGGGGCUUUUAAAGGAGCAUUCCUGCCCUCAAUACAAACCUGUUAAACCUGUUCGCAGAUUUAGGGAAAAUGUAUUUAUUAAGAAGAUUCUUCAUGUUUCAUUUUUAUAUGUAUUCUUUUUUUUAUCCAGUUUAUGCUUCCCUUCCUCACUGUAUUCUAUAGGGAUUAGAAUUAAUAAAAACAUCAUACCUGCUUUCUUUAGUGAUUCCUGAAUAUACAAGUGCAUGAAUUCAAUGCCAAACUUUUCCCGUUCCUCCUCCUCUUCUGCAUCCUCACAUGGAGGGAGUGUUAUCUCCAACUCCAGUGGGUUGUCUCUGAAGUUGACAAACCUGACAAUUCAUCAGAAAGAGUUACUCUUGCAGUUGGUUUUGUUCAGAGAGAACAACUCUUUUGAAAUUGAAUUAAGAUUUAUUAAAUAGCAUUUUUGAACAAAAUAAAAUAAUUUUAAUGGUAAU